AUGUCGUUCAUUUUUAGAAGAAGUUUGUCGACUUUGAUUCCACCAAAGAUUGCUUCUCCAGCAAACCUUGGCUCAAAUCCGGCUGCUAAAAGAAUGCAGAAUAUUGUUUCGUUCUACUCAAAACUUCCAAGAGGACACGCUCCUACACCAGUGGCAAAGACACUUUUUGCCAAAUACAGAGAAAAGUACAGAAACACCGGAAAACCAGUGUUCCACGUUACAAUGGCUCUUUUGAUUUCUGGAUAUGCAUUGAAUUACUACUUUGUGUUCCGUCAUGAGAAGGGAGAGGAAGGCCUAUAA